AUGGCGGAUAUCAAUGUUGACGUUCUCGUUAUUGGUGCUGGCCCAACUGGUUUGGGUGCGGCUAAGCGCCUUCAGCACAUUGACGGCCCUUCCUGGCUGAUCGUGGAUGCCAACGAGAAGGCUGGCGGCCUUGCUUCCACAGACGUUACUCCUGAGGGCUUUCUUUACGAUGUCGGCGGCCACGUUAUCUUUUCCCACUACAAGUACUUUGACGAUUGUCUCGACGAGGCCCUGCCCAACAAAGAGGACUGGUACCACCACCAGCGCAUUUCGUAUGUGCGGUACAAGGGUCUCUGGGUCCCCUAUCCCUUCCAGAACAACCUUUCGAUGCUGCCCAAGGAGGACCAGGUGAAGUGCAUCGAGGGUCUCAUCGACGCCACUCUGGCUGCUCGUGUUGCGACCGACAAGCCCAAGGACUUCGAUGAGUGGAUUCUGCGGACAUGCGGUGAGGGUGUCGCCAACAUCUUUAUGCGCCCUUACAACUACAAGGUUUGGGCGGUGCCCACGACCAAGAUGCAAUGCCAGUGGCUCGGCGAGCGUGUCGCUGCCCCUGACCUCAAGCUGGUCACUAAGAACAUCAUCCUCAACAAGGUUGCUGGUAACUGGGGUCCCAAUGCCACCUUCAGGUUCCCGGCACGCGAUGGUACCGGCGGUAUCUGGAUCGCUGUUGCGAACACCCUCCCGGAGGAGAAGAAGAGGUUCGGCAAGAAGGGCGAGGUUGUCAAGGUGGAUGCUGAGAAGAAGAUCGUCACGCUCGGCGAUGGCACCACGGUCGGCUACGAUAAGCUUAUCAGCACGAUGCCCGUCGAUCACCUCGUUGAGAAGAUGGGCAACGAGGAGCUGGUCAAGCUGUCCAAGGGCCUCUUCUACUCGUCGACCCACGUCAUUGGCGUCGGUAUUCGCGGCGAGCGUCCGGAGCGCAUCGGUGACAAGUGCUGGCUCUACUUCCCCGAGAACAAUUGCCCCUUCUACCGUGCAACUAUCUUUUCGAACUACUCGCCGUACAACCAGCCGCAGGCUGAUGUCGAGCUUCCGACCAAGUAUCUGGCCGAUGGCAGUCCUGCGCCGAGCAGCGAGCCCAAGCCGGGCCCGUACUGGUCAAUCAUGCUUGAAGUGUCGCAGUCGCCGAUGAAACCUGUCGACGAGGAGAACAUCCUGAAGGAGUGCAUCCAGGGUCUGAUCAACACCGAGAUGAUCAAGCCCGAUGACGAGAUCGUUUCGACGUACCACCGCAAAUUCGAUCAUGGCUACCCGACCCCGACUCUGGAGCGUGAAGGUGUGCUGAAGGAGCUCCUGCCCAAGCUUCAAGCUAUGGACAUCUGGUCUCGCGGUCGCUUUGGUAGCUGGCGGUACGAGGUCGGCAACCAGGACCACUCGUUUAUGCUCGGUGUUGAGGCUGUUGACAACAUUGUCAGCGGCGCUGUCGAACUGACCCUCAACUAUCCUGAUUUCGUCAACACCCGCCAGAACACGGAGCGUCGUCUGAACCAGAGCUUCUACAAGUCUGGUUCAUCCUCUAUUCCUUCUCGACCUGCUCCGAGUGCUUAA